CUUAAUGGGACAUCUUUGGACUUAGAUUUUUCUGGACCAACCAUCUAUGGCUGGGCUGUGUUGGCCACUGAAGGUUGGCUUGCUGGCUAUCGGACGAGUUUUGACACAGCCAGAUCCAAACUGUCACAGAAUAAUUUCGCCCUGGGUCACCAGGCUGCAGACUUCCAGCUGCACACUCACGGGAGCGAUAGCACUGAAUGUGGAGGGGCGAUCUACCAGAAGGUGAACAAGAAGACUGAAACAUCAAUAAACCUCUCGUGGACGGCUGGCGGGAACAACGCCUGUUUCGGCAUCUCUGCUAAGUACAAGCUGGAUUGUAGGACUUCUCUAUCUGCUAAAGUGAAUAAUGCCAGCCUGAUUGGACUGGGUUAUACUCAGACCCUUCGGCCAGAAGUGAAACUGACCCUGUCAGCUCUAAUCGAUGGAAAGAGCUUCAAUGCAGGAGGGCACAAGGUCGGGCUGGGAUUUGAACUAGAAGCUUAA